UGAUCGGCAUAGAUUCUUAAUCACACGUCGAGAUUUUCGUUGUCGGUGCUGCGUUCUUUUCCUUUUCUAAUACAGUGAAAUUGCAUUUAACAUCAAUUUGUGACUUUUAUUUUCUUUUUUAAGUUUAUAAGUUGAAUUGAAAUGGCCACAAGAACAAAUACAAUACAGCACAAUUCAAGUGGCAGUUCCAAAUCUUCAUCUCUGAAGGAGAUUUGCAAUCGUGCGUUGACAGCAAAAUCAGAGUGGCUAGAUAAGGAUGAAUUCUUAGAUGUUAUUUACUGGUCCCGCCAAGUCCUUGGUAUUAUUUUAGGCAUUGUUUGGGGUAUUGUUCCACUGAAAGGCUUUCUGGGACUUGUUCUAUUUGCUGGUAUAAGUUGUGGCCUAGUUUAUGUUUAUGCCAUAAAUUUCCAAUCAAUCGACGAAGAGGCUUAUGGUGGCGCUUGGGAAUUGAUUAAAGAAGGCUUUAUGACAUCAUUUGCGGGAUUUUUGGUAACAUGGAUUAUUUUCUACACCGGAUUACACUACGAUUCCAUAAUGGAAGCGAAAGGACUUUGAGACAUCUGAAUAUUUACUUUAUAGACGAAAAUUUGUAGUUAAUUAAAUUGUUUAGUUACUCAUUUAUAAAAGUCAAGCCAAACCGAUUCGUUCCAUGUCAUUGGCAAAUUUGUGUGUGUUCGAAAGCAAUAUGUUAUAUAUAAAUGUAAACUUGAAAAUAUUUAUAAACUCGGGUUUUUGAAUGCAUGGUGAUUAGCCAAGAUUCAGCCAAAAAGCCUUGCUUUGUUACGAUUUAAUGAUUCCUUUUGUGUAAUGAAUACAUAUUUCCCUUGUUCAAGUCAUUUUGAAUACAAACUUUUUUCUGUGAAAAAGAAUAAAGCCAAUCGAUUACCAAAACAAAAAUAAA